GAAAAACAUUAUUCAAUAAAUUAUGAAUUCUUACUGUAUUUAUAUUUUACAGUAACUAUUACUAUUAAAUUCAAAUUAUGCAGUAACUACGAACUGGGAGACAUUUAUGAGACUUCUUCUCUUGAGUUAAAUUAUUUUUUGCCGGUAAUACCUAUACUACUACUAGUACAUAUUAAUUUUGUUUUAGACCGUCAGCCCGCCAAGGCAUCAGAAUUCAAAAUACAAUUUGGAAUUUUCAAUUCGCCUGCUGGUGAUUAUAUUUAUUUUAAUUGUUGUUAAAUAAUUAAUUGCAAUUUCUUAUUUUGUACAAUGUAAAGAUGUUUAGAAGGAUCUAAAUAUAAAUAUAUAACCUACCUAUUCCUUUUUUGGAAGCUAUCUCCUCGCAUAACCAUAAUUAUGUCAGGAAAAGGAUCUUUUGAAAAUCAAUACCCUGAUUAUGAUCAAAACACGACACAAACCUUAUUAAAGUCUAAGGAUGCAAUUUCUGAAGCAUUCCAAAAGAAGUUAAACAAUUUCAAAACAUCUAAACUACAAUACUUGACAACUAAUUUGCAAAAAGAAAUAUUUCAUGAUGGAACAGUGUACACAGGAUCUGCAGGUCUUUCACUGUACUACUUAAUGACUGCUAUUGGCAAUCCAGACAUGUGCAAUGACUAUUUACAGAGAGCUUUACAAUACAUAAAUCUUGAUAAUCUGAGAGGCAAACGUAUUAGCUUUCUUUGUGGUGAUGCUGGUCCUUUGGCAAUAGCGACCAUUAUUUCAUAUAAACUAAGUAGAACAUGUCCAGAAAAUGUACCCCAUUACAAGGAACUAACAAGGAGGUUAUUAGAUCUGGAAUCAUUGUGCAGUGUUUCACCUGAUGAAAUUUUAUAUGGAAAAUCUGGAUAUCUAUAUUCUUUACUAUUUGUUAAGAAAUAUAUCAAUGGAAAGGAUAUCAUACCAUCAUCUCAUAUUGAAAAGGUAACAAGUGCAAUAUUGGCAUCUGGCAAACAAUUCUCCGCACAAACAAAGUCUCAGAGCCCCUUACUUUGGCAAUGGCAUGAUAAAGUAUACCUGGGUGCUGCUCAUGGAAUGGCUGGAAUACUCUAUAUGUUGCUACAGGCUGCGGAGUACAUCAAAUCGAAUGAGUUGAGAUUGUUUGUGAAACCAAGUAUUGAUUGGUUGUUAAGUCUUCGCUUCUCAAGUGGCAACUUUCCAUCUUCAUUGGGGAGCAGUUCUGGAGACCGGCUUGUGCAAUGGUGUCAUGGUGCACCUGGCCUUGUGCCACUUUGUAUAACAGCAUAUAAGAUAUUCAAAGAGGAAAAAUAUUUAAAAACUGCAUUACAAUGUGGUGAAGUUGUGUGGGAGCGAGGCUUGUGCACGAAAGGAUACAGUAUUUGUCAUGGCGUCAGUGGCAAUACAUACGCGUUCCUACAACUAUAUCAAAUAACUAAGGUAAAAUUGAGUUCGACCUACUGAUCACCAAAAACUUAUUAUAUCGCACUGCGCUCGUCACCCUCAGGUUAUGGUCUCUGAUGUACAUAUAUCGGCACACUUCAAUCCGGUUCAAAAAAUGUUUACUCACUCUUAUUUAUGUAUACCUAACAACUGCCCUUAAUUUGUCGGAACAAUACCAACAUCCUAUAUUAAUAUACCAGUAAAUGGCUGAGAAAUAUCACUAUUAAAUAGGAUUAAACUACGAUUAUUUAGUUCGUUAAAAAAUAAGAAUAUAGGUAUAAUACAAAUACAUAAAUGAUAUAUAUUACACAUAAUACCGUUGAUGUAACUGUGUCUAUCUGUUACUCUUUCAUGGCUGAACUAUAUAAAUUAUUUUGAUGAGAUGUACUAUCAUGCCACUAUUUUAAAAAUACCAAAAAUUACUAUAAAAUAUCCCAAGAAAUUAGCAAAUCACUAACAAAUUUCAAUAACUGUUAUUGAUGUGUACAGUGAAUAGUCAAACCAUGCGAAAGCGCCUUUAAACUUCGUUACUAUGUCGCCCGAACCAAAAUGUAUUUGUAAUACACAGAAAAUAAUGUUAUAAUUGGCUACAAUUUACAAAGGCGAAUUCGAUGAAAGCCAUUUUAUACAAAUAUGUUUUUACAUACAAUAUAAAUGUGCUGUUAAAGUGGCCAUACAUGUUUUGUAGCGUUUAAAUAACCUAUAUUCUAUAGGUGAUAAGUUCACCUUCCUUGGGCUAACUGUGAAAAUUGUCAAGAUCAAUAAAGAUAUAUUUUCGAUCUCCAAAAUCCAAUUCGAGCACUAAAGCAUUUAUUCGACCAAUCAACG